AUGGUAGCGCGGCCUACAGUGGAGCGGUGGUGCAAUACUACGGUAUUCGUAGCGGACGGAUGUGUACAGUAUACGCACGAUUCUGUACUGGAUGGGAUUGUGAAGAAAUGGGACAAAAAGAUCAUUGCUGGUCCCCAGGGUCCACGACUCGUUGGGGGCAUUCCUGAAUUUCGGAUUUUCCAUCCAACGAGACUUUGGGGCGCUGCCCCGCUAUUCGUUUUCACACUUCUACUGGGAAUUGUGCUCCUUGUUCAACAUGCCCAUGCUUCACUUGAAAAGCUGAGUAGGUUUCAGCGCAAAUGCUUCAGAGAUAUCGGACGAUGUGUUAUGUUCAUGGACGGGGAAAGGGCUUUCGGUUGCGCUCAAUGUGGACAAGAUACUCGUACUGCAAUACUCCGAGAGGUUACAUCCUCUGAAGUUUUGCUACGCCUCGUAAGUCCGGCAAAUGACCGAUUCAUUUUUCUAGUGCCUGAGUUCGUCUUUUUAGACCCGGGGGUCGUGCGAAACCUUGAGACCGCCACAAAUGUGGCUGCUGUCGUCGUUUAUGAGCAGUCCUUGGAUGCCAACAACGAAACCUUAAACUUUCCCCCAAUAAUCGGGAACCGCCUCUCAUCUGAUGCUGCCGAACCAAACAUGGCCUAUAACAUUUAUCCGGAAGGUGAGACCCCAUCUCAAGGCGGCUCGACUGUGCCCCCCUCGACGACCAUAGAGCGUAACCCGUUUGGAAGAGGGAGCAAGUUUCUGCUGUUCCCCUUUAACAUAUUCCAUGUCAAUUCUACUAUCGCAGGUUUUCUUCGUGAGAGAAUAGAACGUUUUCCGAUCCAGGACGGUUUUUUUUCCGUUCAAGAAGACAACCCUCGGAGGUCUAGCACUGCACCCAGAUAUAAGGGCCAGUCACGAGGGCAAAUGUUUGCCUGUCCACCGGAAGCUGCCGAAACUUCCAAUGUAAGCGGCAGCACCAACCCAGAAGAUGAUUCCGCGUCUGGACAACAGUCUUGGGAGGACAAAACUAAUUCAAAAAAGUGUUUAAGUGAGAAGACAUGCCUUCCUAUAGGAGGGCAAUCAUUGUGGUCUGCUUUGGGGCGUGUCGAUUUCUCGAGGGAGGGCGGCCCGCGUGAAGUCCUCGCCAUCACUGCCCCCAUGGACUCACUGGCAUUCUUUCCGGAUCUCUCACUCGGAGCUUCGGCUGAGAUUGCUUCCGUGGCCGUACUAAUGGCAGUCGCUAAAUCAGUGGCUGAGUACAGACGAGGAGAAGGCAAGAAUAUAAAGAUGAAGCUACAGCCAGUUUAUUUUCUGUGGAAUGCCGAGUCGUGGGGAUAUACUGGGUCGUCGCGUUUUCUCAAGGAUGUCCAAGAAUUCGAGUGCAAGAUCGAGAACAAUGCCUCCGAAGGCAAAAAAGGUUGUUCAGAUCGCUUUAUGGACAGUUUGAAGUUUAAGGAUUUCAAAGACAAACCGUUCACUGUCCUGAACAUCGGGCAGAUUACGACUCCAAUUUUUGAGAAUGCGACUGUACAGAAUGCGAAUUUCUACAAACAAGGCAUCCGCAUCCGCGACAUAGAUCAGGAAGAGGACCCAGGAGAGGGACCGCUCGAGAAGGCUCUUAGCAAGGCAUUCGAGAACAAUGAGCUCCAACUCACACUUGCGGAAGGUUCGCGCGAUAUUACCCCAAUAGAUUCCUCUCAAAGCUUUCAGAAAUACUUGCCAGAGGCUGAAGUGGUCUCAAUAACAAGUUACAAUGAAUCUUUUACAAACUCCUUGUAUCAUUCGAUAUAUGACGACAAGAGACUAAUCAAACAUACAGAGCCAAUUCGCGUACUUGCGAAACUUAUCGCAAGGACUGUCAUCUCUCUUGCGUUUGAAAAAGAAGACGUGCCGGUGGAGAUCGAUAAUGAGGUGAUCGACCAGGUGCUAUUCUGUCUAACAAGCCGCACUCAAUGGCGUGACUGCAAAAUGGCAAAAGAGUUCCUUGGAGAGAUGCUCGAUAAAGUCAAAGACGACGUGAAGCCGGGGAACUACCCAGGAUCUUUUUUCCCAUCCACGCGGUUGUUUGACUCCAACACUGGUGCGUUUGCCAAGCUGAUUCUGGUGCGAAAUUUUAUGGCUUUUCACAAUCAAUACGAGCUUGAUCAAGAGCUUGAUCAAGAACGGAAUUGCAGCGAAGAAAAAGAAAACAGUUGCGACGCUUUUUUCGAGGGUGUUAACAAGGACGCCGGGGCACAGAGUCACUCUGAAUUGCGGACAGGAGUUUGCACCCGAGGGACAUGCGUUGCUUCGGAUACAUACACCCACAAUGCAUUUGGAACCGCCCUGGACAGUACUAACACAGCCCAGAGCGAAUUUGAGUACAAGGAAGAAGGCAACGGAGAAGAAGAGGAAUCUAAUUCGGUAACUGCCAGCACACCAAAAGAAGCAGGUUUUACCGAAAGCGUAUGGGAUUUUGAGCAUGGGUUCUGUGGAUUUGUGGAGGAUACAACUACGUUUGGGGUUGUGAUUUUGGCGCUAGGAAUUUUUAUAAUGCUUCUCAGCAUGGUCUUUGUCUUCUGUUUCGACAAGCGACUAGAAAAAUCAGAGGGUGAUCCUCCCGGUGCGAUAUCUAUUGCUGCAGUUUUCUUGUAA